AUGGCUACGAAUCUCGUCCUCCGCGCCGUCGCGCUGCUCGUCGUGUCGCUCGUGAGCCUGUCCUCCACGCCGGCCGCGGACGCCGUGCACCGGCCGUACUGCCGCUUCGACGGGAAGCUGGUGGUGAGCAACCUGGUGAGGGAGCUCAAGGCGGCCAAGAAAUACUCCACGUUCCUCGACGGGCUGAGGAAAACAGGGCUGGACAAGGACCUCGUCGACCUGUUCCACUGCUACGAGGCGACCGUCUUCGCGCCCACCGACGCUGCAUUCGCGGAACUCUCGAGCAGCAUCAAAUCUAAGCUCAGCGACAAGAAGGUGCUUCGCGAGGUGCUGCUGCUGCACAUCGUCAAGGGCAAGAAGUCCAACGCCAAGCUGAUCGAACAGAAGAAGGGGCAUCAGUACGAAGCUGCAGCGGACUACUGCAAGGCGCGUCUGGUGAAGGUGUCAUCUGCGGGGUCCAAGAAGGUCAAGGUGAAGGCAGAGGGCGGUAAGGACGAAGCUGCUGUGGUGGCUGCUGACGUGGUGUCACUCAGAGUGGUGGUGGCGCAUGGUGUGGAUGACGUCAUCCUGCCCAAGACUCUCCGCAAGGGCGACAGCAGCAGCCUCAAGCCUAAGAAGUGCAUUGCCUGGGCGAAUGUGCCGUUCCACCCACCUGUGAGGGCGAAUGUGCCGUUCCACCCACCUGUGAGGGCGAAUGUGCCGUUCCACCCACCUGUGAGGGCGAAUGUGCCGUUCCACCCACCUGUGAGGGCGAAUGUGCCGUUCCACCCACCUGUGAGGGCGAAUGUGCCGUUCCACCCACCUGUGAGGGCGAAUGUGCCGUUCCACCCACCUGUGAGGGCGAAUGUGCCGUUCCACCCACCUGUGAGGGCGAAUGUGCCGUUCCACCCACCUGUGAGGGCGAAUGUGCCGUUCCACCCACCUGUGAGGGCGAAUGUGCCGUUCCACCCACCUGUGAGGGCGAAUGUGCCGUUCCACCCACCUGUGAGGGCGAAUGUGCCGUUCCACCCACCAGUGAGGGCGAAUGUGCCGUUCCACCCACCUGUGAGGGCGAAUGUGCCGUUCCACCCACCUGUGAGGGCGAAUGUGCCGUUCCACCCACCUGUGAGGGCGAAUGUGCCGUUCCACCCACCUGUGAGGGCGAAUGUGCCGUUCCACCCACCAGUGAGGGCGAAUGUGCCGUUCCACCCACCUGUGAGGGCGAAUGUGCCGUUCACCUUUGAGGGCGAAUGUGCCGUUCCACCCACCUGUGAGGGCGAAUGUGCCGUUCACCUUUGA